GGUUUCUAUAAUCGCAAUCGCUCCGAUCCAGAAGAAAGCUUCCCGUUCACCAUUGUUUACACUUUCAACGCUGCUUAAUUCCCUUUCUCUUUCGCUUUCCCUUUCCCUUUACCAAAUUCAAAUCAAGAUCAUCAAUCCUACAUCAUAUUACAUAUCUUACAAAUCAAGCAAAGAAUAAACCCUUUUCAAUCUCAGUUUUAUAUUCGAAAAGAAGCUAUACCCACGUCUAAACAUGGGGAUUACCACCACUGACGAUGGUCAUAUCCCGAUAUUAUCUUCCGAUCAUCUCUCAAACCCAUUUUCUCAGCUGGGUUUAGACCUAUCUGACUCUGACCUUCGUGAAACAGCAUAUGAACUUCUGGUCGGUGCUUGCCGGAGCACCGGAGGGAAACCAUUGACUUACAUAUCUCAAUCGCAGAAAGCGGCGCCAGGUGUUGAAAGGUCACCUUCGUUGUCAAUUUCACCUUCUUUGCAGCGAUCUUUAACUUUAGCUGCGGCGAGUAAGGUUAAGAAAGCGCUGGGAUUGAAGUCGUCUAAGAAUGGUCAAGUUCAGACGAAGAAACCAGUGACGGUUGGAGAACUUAUUAGGGUUCAGAUGAGGAUUUCUGAACAGACAGAUUCUAGAAUUCGUAGAGGACAUUUGAGGGUUUCUUCUGGUCAGUUAGGAAGACGUAUAGAUACAAUGGUUUUACCUCUUGAGCUUUUACAGCAGUUUAAACCAUCGGAUUUUCCAAACCAACGAGAAUAUGAAUCAUGGCAGAGAAGAAAUCUUAGAAUUCUUGAAGCUGGAUUACUCCUUCAUCCUCAUUUGCCUUUAGAUAAGAAUGAUGCUAAUGCACAAAAGCUUCAACAGAUAAUCAAUGGAGCUUCGAAUAAGCCACUUGAUGCAGGAAAGUAUAGCGAACAGAUGCAGAUUCUUCGUAACAGCGUAUUAUCUCUUGCUUGCAGAUCAAAAGAUGGUUCUUCAUCUGAGAAAUGUCAUUGGGCAGAUGGGUAUCCGUUGAAUCUAAGAAUCUAUCAGAGUCUUCUAGAAAGUUGCUUUGAUGUUAACGAUGAAACAUCUGUAGUUGAAGAAGUUGAUGAGGUUUUGGAACUGGUUAAGAGGAUUUGGGUUGUUCUAGGAAUGAACCAGUUGCUGCAUAAUCUUAUCUUUUCAUGGGUUUUCUUCAAUCGAUAUGUUUCUACAGGACAAGUAAACAACGAUCUGCUUAUUGCAGCUAGUAAUCUGUUGUUAGAAGUCGAAAAGGGAUCGAAAACAACCUAUGAUGAUUCGGAAUUCUCUCGUGCGUCGACUUCUGUAUCAAGAUUGAUUCUCGGUUGGGCAGAGAAAAGGCUUGUUUCGUAUCACGAUACAUUUUAUAGUCGAAACAUUGGUUUAAUGCGGAUUGUUGUUUCGUUAGCGGUUACAUCGGGUAAGAUAAUGGGCAAGGACGUUUCUUUGGACGAUUUUAUCAGGUCCUCGGUUCGUUCUGCUUUUGCCCAGGCAAGUUUGCAGGCGAAAAAUACCAAAAUGUCAUCGACGAACCAACAACAGAAUCUAGUUCCGCUUCUUUCGAUCAUUUCGCAGGAGAUAACUGAAUUGGUUUACGCAGAAAAAGAACUGUAUUGUCCGGUAUUGAAGAGAUGGAACCCUCGAGCAGCUGGUGUUGCGGUCGCGACUUAUCAUGCCUGCUUCGGGAAUGAACUGAGGACAUUCGUUUCAAAUAUAAACGAGUUGUCGCCAGAUGCUGUUCAAGUUCUUUUAGCUGCUGAUAAAUUGGAGAGGCUUCUUGUUCGAACUGCUGUUGAAGAUUCGGUUGAUAGUGAAGAUGGAGGGAAGGGUUUAAUUCAAGCAAUGGCUCCUUACGAGGCUGAAAAUGUAAUUGUGGGUCUGGUGAAGUCGUGGAUAUCAACUAGGGUCGAUAGGCUUAUGGAAUGGGUCGAUCGGAAUCUACAACAAGAGGUUUGGAAUCCAAAGGCUAACAAAGAGCAAAUCGCGCCUUCAGCUGUCGAGGUCCUUAGGAUCAUGGACGAAACGAUAGAAGCGUUCUUUUUGUUGCCAAUAACGAAGCAUCCGGUCUUACUACCCGACCUGAUAAGCGGUCUCGAUUUAUGCUUACUAGACUACAUCUCAAAAGCAAAGUCUGGCUGUGGUUCUCGAAGUACUUACAUACCAACCAUACCGGCCUUGACGAGAUGUAAAAAGAGUUCUAAGUUUCAAGGUGUCUUUAAAAAGAAAGAGCCGUCGUCGAGAACCUUACAUAAGAGGAAGCCUCAAGCAGGAACCAUGGGCGGUGACAUUCAACAAUAUUGCGUACGCAUCAACACUUUGCAGCAUAUUCGAUCGGAGAUGGAAGCUUUAGUGAAAAAGGCAAUAAACCAUCUUCGAAACUCCAAUACCACUCAUGUAGACGAUAUCAACAAAGGGUUGGGUAAAAAAUUUGAGCUUUCCGUCACAGCUUCCUCCGAAGGCAUACACCAAUUAUGCGAAACAACCGCAUACAAGAUCGUGUUGCACGAGUUAAGCCAUGCCCUCUUCGAAAACCUCUAUGUAGGAAUAGGAGAAGCUUCGGUCUCUAGAAUAGAGCCUUUCCUUCAAGAUCUCGAACAAUAUUUGGAGGUUGUUUCCAUCACAGUUCACGACAGGGCGCGUACGCGUCUUAUUACCGACAUUAUGAAGGCUUCUUUCGACGGUUUCUUGUUUGUUUUGCUGGCAGGAGGCCCUUUGCGCGGUUUCACGAGGCAAGAUGGGGAUUUAAUAGAGGAGGAUUUCAAGUUUCUUAAGGAAUUGUUCUGGUCUAAUGGGGAUGGUUUGCCGGAUGACUUGAUAGAUAAGCAUUCAACUACUGUCAAGAGCGUUUUGCCUCUAUUCCAUAUGGAUAGUCAUAGUCUUAUCGAUCAAUUUAGAAGGUUUACUGUCGAAAGCUACGGUUCUUCAGCUAAAUCCAGGCUUCCAUUGCCACCAACCUCGGGUCAAUGGAGUCCUAUUGACCCUAACACGCUCUUGAGAGUUUUGUGUUACAGGAACGAUGAAACCGCAACUAAGUUCUUGAAAAAGACUUAUCACAUGCCCAAGAAGCUUUGAAUUGUGGUUGAGAGUUGAGACACUAUGAUUGGUAGAUUUUCUCGCAAGAGAGAAAUACCUCGAUGCACAAGAACAUUCUGGAUGUCAUCGUGCUGUAACAAACGUUAAACUGGUGUUCGUCGCGAACAGGAGAGUUGUGCAUAAUAAACUCUUGUAAAAUAGAAAAAAAGAUGAAAACAAAACCUUUCAACCACUAUUUUGGUUCAAUUGUGGAGUGUGUUUUGAUUGUCUUA